UGCUUUUGCUCAGAAAGAGGAAGUGAGAAAGAGGUGCUGAAAGCCCCACAGAGGGGAAGUGUGAACAGCAGCAGCACCAGUUCCCGCAACAGAGACGGCCUCAGCAUUCUCCCAGCCGGUCUGAUCAGAGCAGCGACAGAAUGGCUCAAGGGUGCCUCAAGUGUUUGAAGUACACCAUGUGCUUCGCCAACUUCCUGUGUUUCUUGUGUGGCGUGGCGGUGCUGAGCUUCGGCAUCUACAUGAUGGUGGACUUCCGGAUGGCCGCCCUCACCCCGACCCUGGCCCGCUUCAACCUGGCCAACAUGCUGCUGGUCAGCGGCAUCGUCAUCACCUGCGUGUCCUUCCUGGGCUUCCUGGGGGCUCUGAAGGAGAACCGCUGUCUCCUGCUGACGUUUUUCCUGCUGCUGUUCCUCCUGAUGCUGGUGGAGCUGACUGUAGCGUGCUUGCUACUCAUGUAUGAGAGCGAGAUAGGUAAAAUGGUGGAUGAGGACCUCAAAAAGGGUUUGGAAAAGGCCAAAGGAGAAACUAGCAACACAACCGAUGUGAUGAGUGAGUGGGACCUGCUUCAGGUUCAGUUGGAUUGCUGUGGAGUCCACAACGCGUCAGACUGGGGAGAAAAUGUGCCCCCCUCCUGCAAGAACAAAUCCUCUCAGAUCAGAGAAAAGGGUUGUUUGAUAAAGUUGAAGAACAUGUUUGAGGACAACUUCCUAACCACUGGGAUCUCUGUCAUUGUCCUCUGCAUUAUUGAGGUCUUGGGGAUGUGCUUCGCCAUGACGCUCUUUUGCCACAUCAGUAGAUCCGGACUGGGCUACAAGUUAUAGACACUCUCUCCCAGGCAAUAUAUCCCGUGUCAGCAAAUCGUAAAACAGUUAAUAUUGUACAGUUCUUGUGUUUGCAUGUGGCUAGAAAAAGAUUUGAUUUUAGUCUGCUUCUCCCAAAAAUAAUGAAAAGCAGCAGUUUCUGUAACAGUAUAAACAUAUGGUACAACUAUACAAGCUUGAUAACUUUUGAAUGAAGUAUUUUCUACAGAAUUAAAGACGGCACUCCUCCAUUUUGACUAAC